GUUUUGCUCCCCAACGAAAUAUUUAAAUCCGUCUAUAUUAAUUAUAUUUCUAUCUUUGAGUGUUCUAACGUUAAGAACUGAUAGGCCCACAAAGCUGGGGGCCAAUUUUGCAUAAAUACCCAUGACAGAAAUAGAGAAAGUCAAACAGUUUUGUUUAAACAAAUCGACAUGAAGGCUUUCUUUGUUCUGGUGGCUCUGGCUAUUGCCGCUCCUGCCCUGGCUGGUCGUACCAUGGACCGUUGCUCCCUGGCGCGCGAGAUGUCCGACCUGGGUGUUCCUCGUGACCAACUGGACAAGUGGACCUGCAUUGCCCAGCACGAGAGCGACUACCGCACCUGGGUGGUGGGACCCGCCAACUCCGACGGCUCCAACGACUACGGCAUCUUCCAGAUCAACGAUCUUUACUGGUGCCAGGCCGAUGGUCGCUUCUCCUACAACGAGUGCGGUCUGAGCUGCAACGCCCUGUUGAGCGACGACAUCACCAACUCCGUCCGUUGUGCCCAGAAGGUCCUCAGCCAGCAGGGAUGGUCCGCCUGGGCCGUCUGGCACUACUGCAGCGGAUGGUUGCCGUCCAUCGAUGAGUGCUUCUAAGCUGAACUUGACCCCCAUUCCUAAUAAACAUAAAUGA